AUGCCCAAAGAAGCCAUCAGAACCGCCCUCAAGGUCGACCUCAAGGCGCCUGCGCCCUCUCAGCCCGGCCUCCACAACAGAUGGCACCCCGACAUCCCCACCGUCGGCAAGAUCGUCCCCGGCGAAGCCGUCAAGAUCGAGUGCAUCGACUGGACCGGCGGCCAGAUCAAGAACGACGACAGCGCCGACGACGUCAAGAACGUCGAUCUCUCGUGCGUGCACUUCCUCAGCGGGCCCUUCGAGAUUGAGGGCGCCGAGCCCGGCGACGUGCUCGUCGUCGAGAUCCAGGACGUGCAGCCGUUCCAGGAGCAGCCGUGGGGCUUCACGGCCGUGUUUGACAAGAAGAACGGUGGCGGGUUCUUGGACGAGCACUAUCCGCAGGCUGCGAAGGCCAUCUGGGACUUCGAGGGCAUCUACUGCUCCUCGCGCCACAUCCCCCACGUCCGCUUCCCCGGCCUGAUCCACCCGGGCAUCAUGGGCUGCGCGCCCUCCCCCGAAAUCCUCGCCGAGUGGAACCGCCGCGAGAGCGAACUCGUCGCGGCCUCCACCCACCUCGACCGCGUCGUCGCCAACCUCCCCGAGCCCCACGGCGUCCACGCCGGCUCCGCCGAAGGCGACCUCAAAGCAAAGAUCGGGCGCGAAGGCGCGCGCACCAUCCCCGGCCGCCCCGAGCACGGCGGCAACUGCGACAUCAAGAACCUGUCGCGCGGCAGCAAGACGUACCUGCCCGUGCACGUCCCGGGCGCCAAGUUCUCCGUGGGCGACCUGCACUUCAGCCAGGGCGACGGCGAGAUCAGCUUCUGCGGGGCCAUCGAGAUGGCCGGUGUCAUCACGUUCAAGUUCGGGCUGAUGAAGGGCGGGAUCGCGGAGCUGGACAUGAAGAGCCCCAUCUUCCUGCCGGGGCCUGUGCAGCCGCAGUUUGGGCCGGGGCGCAUGCUGACGUUUGAGGGCUUCAGUGUGGACGAGCAGGGCAAGCAGCACUAUAUGGAUGCGACGGUGGCGUAUAGACAGACGUGUCUGAGGGUGUUUGAGUAUUUGAAGAGGUAUGGAUACUCGGGCGAGCAGAUCUAUCUGCUGCUGUCGUGUGCGCCGGUCGAGGGGCAUGUGGCGGGGAUUGUCGAUAUUCCGAACGCGUGCACGACGAUGGGCAUACCGAUGGAUAUCUUUGACUUUGACAUCUCGCCGGGUGCGCCGGCGACGAAGCUGGACAUGGGCAGCUGCGCGCUUACGAGUGAUCGCAAGUGA